GCCGUCUUACUCUUACCUACAAUAGCUUUGAUGGUGAACAAGGUACACAUCAUGCAAUUUUUGCAGGAGAUGAGAACCAAAAUGACAAUUAUUUUACUUUGUUGUUGUUACUGUUUCGUUUUCCUGUAUGCUUUGUGAUGUUUCCUCUAGUACUUGUUAUAUCUCUUUUCUUUGGUAUGUUCUUUCAAAUGUUGUGAAACAGGUAACCUUUCUGUCAAGGUGACAUACAUGUUCAUUGAGACAAACAAAUUAGCCUUAAUCAUGCAAGCAAAGCCACACCAAGUGAAUUUAGCUUCUCAUAGUUACUGGAAUCUUGGUGGACACAACAGUGGCGACAUUUUGUCCCAAACUAUUCAGAUUUUCUGGUCCAAGAUUACUCCUGUUAAUGAUAAGCUCAUCCCCAACAGAGAAAUUACCCCAGUUAAGGGAACAGGCUACGAUUUCCUCCAGCCACGGACAAUAGGGAGCAAGUUAAGUGAAAUCCCCGGUGGAUAUGAUAUCAACUAUGUGUUGGAUAAUACCGAGGGCAAGCAUUUACAGAGGGUUACUAUUGUCCAAGAAAGCAAAUCAGGUAGAAAGAUGGAAUUGUGGACUAAUAAACCUGGUGUGCAGUUUUAUACAAGUAAUAUGUUGGAUAAUGUUGAGGGAAAAGGUGGAUUUGUAUACUCAAAGUAUGCUGCACUUUGUUUGGAGACACAAGGCUUCCCAGAUUCUGUUAAUCAUCCCAAUUUUCCUUCCCAAAUUGUGAAUCCAGGGGAAACUUAUAAGCACAUUAUGGUUUAUAGGUUCACUGCCUCAUAAAAACUUUUAAGAUAUUU